CGUCAGCCGCGAACUCCAAACGUCCUGCUCUUCGCACGUUGCUCUUCUGUUGCGUUAAAAUCCACCAUAACACGGUCGUUUUCGUCACAUUUACGGCAGCAUGAACUCUGAGCAGCCGACUGAAACCAGCCGCGGUGAAGAUACGUGUUCAGGUUCAACGCCGGAGCAGAGCGACGUGAAGAAAGCGGCUAACAAGCGAACACCAUUUUCCAAAUUUAAGAGGGUGAAUUCUAACUUCAAAUCACCUAUUCAAGUAACUGAGAGGGCUAAAGUUAGUCCUGCAGAGGAGGUGGCAGAGCUAGAGCACAGAAGAGAUCAGCUGGACGCAGAGAUAGCACAGCUGGAGGCUGAAGGAUGCAACGUAGACGAGCUGGAACAUCAUAUUGAUAUGCUGCAUGAAUACAAUGACAUCAAAGACAUUGGACAAUCACUCCUGGGUCGUAUUGCUGAUCUGAGGGGGACCACCACACGAGAUCUCUACAGCCACUUUGGUCUGGAGCUGGAAGACUGAAAAUAUACGAAUGAAAAUACAGUGGUGAGAAUGGUUUCCAAACACCGAGGGGAGGGAGGCAUAAGGAUAAAAACAAAGAAAAGGAGCAGAAUAAGUUUUUGGUAGGAGUUUGGAUGUGGACUAAAGAUGUGAUUGGAGAAACUGUAUUGACCUGAACUUCCUCCUUUAGACAGAGAGAGAUCUGAUUAACGUCAGUGAGCAUGAUGAGGUGACAAUGGUAUCGGUACAGCAGGCAGAUCUAAUAUUCAAGAGAUACCAUCUGCUUUGGACAAUUAAUAUAAGACUUUAACAUAAAACAAAUGUAUAUAUUAUAUGACUUUUCUCCGGCAUAUUGUUUGUGCAAGAAUAAAUUGAUGGGUGAGAAAUUAAAACCAA